AUGAGGGGCAUAGUGAGGGCUUCUCAGGUGUGUCAGAAUGUCUAUGCUGAGUAUGAGGUGGCUGUGACCCAAAUGGUGAACCUGGAGCUGCAUGCUAGCUACGUUUAUUUGUCUAUGUCUUAUCAAUUUGACCGUGAUGAUGUAGCCUUGAAACCCAUGGCCAAGUUCCUGGGGGAGCAGUUCCUCCAGUACCAGGCCAAGCGAAGAGGCCAUGUGGUGCUCCAGGACAUCCAGUGGUAUAUCCACAGUGGUAAGCCAGAGCAGGACAAGUGGGGCAGUGGCCUGGAUGCCCUGGAAAAGUCCCUGCAGCUGGAGAAGAAGGUGAACCUGGCCCAGCUGGAUCUGCACAAGCUGGCAAAGAAGGGAGACCCCCACCUGUGUGACUUCCUGGAGUCUGAAUACCUGGAGGAGCAAGUGAAGGCCAUCAAGCGGCUAGGAGACCACCUCACUAACCUGAGGUGCCUGGGAUUGCCCCAGAGCAGCAUGGGGGAAUACCUCUUUGACAAGCUCACCUUCGGGGAGAAGAGCUGA